AUGAAAGACCGGUUAAGGAUACUGUGUCUGCUGUGGACGUUGCUUUGUAUUCAGAGCGUUUUAUCCGGCCAUGUUGUGUAUUCCAUUUCCGAGGAGGUGAGUCUUGGAACAAUUGUUGGAAAUUUAGCCAAGGACUUGAGUCUUAACGUUGCAGAUUUGGAGUCGCGUCGCCUUCAAAUUGUAUCCGGAUCUUCAAAGAAGCAUUUCGAUGUAGAUGUAAAAUCCGGGGCUCUGUUCGUGUUGGAUCCGAUAGACAGAGAGCAGCUUUGUCCGAACAGCGAACGUUGCACAGAGACUCUCGAAGCGAUUGUUAAUAAUCCUUUACAAAUGCACAGCGUGGAGGUAAACAUCCUUGAUAUUAACGAUCACUCGCCGAUAUUUUCAGGAAAAUCACAGAUUAUUCGUAUUGCAGAACUGGCGGCCCCAGGAGCUAAAUUUCCACUCCUUGGUGCCGAAGAUCCAGACAUUGGAAGCAACUCGGUCAGUUCAUACAAGCUGUCCCAAAAUGCAUUUUUCAGCCUGGAGGUACACACAGAUGCUGACCAAGGUCCUUCAGCCGAGCUGGUGCUAAUAAAAAAUCUUGAUCGAGAAAAACAAUCCGUCAUCCGACUUGUAUUGACUGCACUUGACAGUGGCAAACCACCACGAUCCGGUACAACGCAAAUUAUUGUGAAUAUUUUAGAUGCGAAUGAUAACGCGCCUGUGUUUUCUAAAGCUGUGUACAAAGUUUUGGUUCAAGAAAAUGUUGUUGUCGGUACAUCUAUUUUAAAGCUAAAUGCUACUGAUCUCGAUGAAGGAGUCAAUAGUGAGCUUACAUUUUCUUUUAAACAAGGUCAAAAGGGAAUAUCAGAUAAAUUCGCUAUUGAUGCAAACACGGGGGACAUCUCAGUAAUAGGCACAUUAGAUUAUGAAACCACAAACGCGUACGAAAUUCGUGUCGAAGCUCGAGAUGGAGGCGCUACACCACUCGCAUCUCAUUCUAAGGUCCUGGUGGAGGUAGGGGAUGUGAACGAUAACGCACCAGAUAUUAAGCUCUCAUCUCUUUUAGACAGCGUACGAGAAGACGCUAAGAAAGGCACAGUGAUUGCAUUAAUCACAGUUCAGGACAAGGAUGGAGGUAAAAAUGGAAAAGUGCGCUGUGUCGUGGAGAAUUUUCCAUUUGUAUUAGAGUCAACACAGGGGAAAUACUAUUCUCUGGUCCUCAAUGGUGCGCUUGACCGAGAGGAAAACGCCCUGUAUAAUGUCUCGAUAACAGCCACAGACGAAGGAGUGCCUCCUCUCUCUAGCACAGCUGUACUGACUGUCCAUAUUUCGGAUGUAAAUGAUAACGCACCUCGUUUCCCUAAAUCUUCAAUUAAUGUUCAUGUUAGUGAGAACAGUCCAGCAGGUGCUCUAAUAGCAAGUGUAUUUGCGCAAGAUAUCGAUUCAGGUGAAAAUGCUCAAAUAACUUAUUCAUCACUCAGCAAAUCCAACAUGCCUUUAUCUUCAGCUGUCAGCAUCAACGCUGUCACUGGAGAAAUUUACAGCAUGCAGUCCUUCAACUUUGAGGAGAUAAAAACUUUCCAGUUUCAGGUUCAAGCCACUGACUCCGGUGUCCCUCCACUAAGUAGUAACGUGACUGUAAAUGUUUUUAUCCUGGAUGAGAAUGACAACAUUCCAGUUAUUCUCCCUCCAUAUUCUGAACCUGGAUCAGUAAACACUGAGAACAUUCCCUACUCUGCUGAAGCGGGCUAUUUUGUGGCUAAAGUCAGAGCUGUAGAUGCUGAUUCCGGUUAUAAUGCUCUAUUAUCUUAUCAUAUAACUGAAGCAAAGGGAACGAACCUCUUCCGAAUCGGAACCAGUACAGGAGAAAUAAGGACUAAAAGAAGAAUGAGUGACAAUGACUUAAAAACUCACCCUCUUAUCAUCACUGUCUCUGAUAAUGGAGAACCUUCACUGUCCACAACUAUGAGUAUUGAAGUUGUGGUUGUGGAAAACCUGGACAGCCUGCAGCCUUCACUAAGACAAGUGCCAGUAAAGGAGGAUAAUUUUUCUAAUCUGAAUCUCUAUCUGCUCAUCGCUAUUGUCUCAGUGUCAGUGAUCUUUUUACUGAGCCUCAUCGCUUUAAUAGCAGUUAAAUGCUACGGGACAGACGGUGGUUUCAGCAGGUCCAGCGUUCCAGUGGUCACUACACACCCUGACGGAAGCUGGUCUUACUCAAAAUCUACUCAGCAGUAUGAUGUGUGUUUUAGCUCAGACACACUGAAGAGCGAUGUAAUGGUUUUCCCCUCGCAGUUUCCUCCUCCAGACGCAGAGCUGAUCAGCAUUAAUGAAGGAGACACUUUUAACAGGACACAAACUCUUCCGAGUACUACAAAGGUAAGGGAUUCUCAUUUUGUCUAA